AUGGAGAUUGCUGUGGCAUCCAGCUCGCCACUAGGACAAUACUUGGCUGAGCUAGAGGAAGAUGGGGACGAGUCCAUGGCACAUUUACUGUCAGCGCAUCAUCCUUCACAUGCGCGAAAGAAGUCAACACGUCGAGCUGGAUAUGCAGCUAAUUAUUGGCGCUGGUUACAAUUAGUACAGAGUUUGCACCAUCGUAUUGAAAUGAUAGCAUUACAGCAAUUACUUCCUGAUCUUUGUGCGUUCCACUCGACAUUACGCGAGGAGCUUCAAGAGACAAUUAGUGAUGCUGCAAUGUAUGAAGCAUUAUCAAACGUUCCAAACAAUUAUUGGAGACGUCAUGUAACAAUAAUUGAAAUACUCAGUGGUAUUAAAAUCCUUCCGAUCAAUAAUUGGCAAAUUAUUGGAGUAUUGGUAGCUGGACUUGGAAUUUCGAUUAUUUAUCUCGAUAUAAAUCAUGGUACAUUAUUGCAAUUACUCAAGUGGAUUCUACUGCCUAUUGUAAUAUUACUAUGUGGAGUAUUAUCCAGUAUACACAUCCUUCUAACUUUGUACGCACGAUGUUCAAAACGACUUCUGUACUCACUAAAUAAAUUACAAACAACAUUGCAAUCUUUCAAUCAAAUUUCUUCUGAUUGUCUAACAACAAUCAAGCGAGCAGAACUCACAAGUCAAGGCUUUCAACUUGGAAUUGGAACAUUUUUGCCACCUCUUGCCAGAUUCGAAGCCAUUGCAGAUGAGAAGAAAAGAAUUAGAAAAACUCAAUUACAUUGUGUACAUUUACGAAAGAAGUUACGAGUAGUGAAUGAAAACAUUUUGAGUCAAGCAUUGAAUUUACUCAAUGAGAACACCAAAACAAUUGAAAGGAAUCGUCAAGAUGAAAUUAAUGAUCGAGUGCCGUCUUUACUAUUGACGACGUUAAUAAAACAACGGAAUCGAAGUCUAUUGGUUUUGGAAAAUGCUGUGCUUACAAUUCUCAAACGAACUUUAACGUUCACAUAUCUUCCCGAUCAUUGUAAUCUAUUUAGUGAUUUGAGCUCGUUACAGCAAUCACUAGAGCAGAUAUCAACGAAUUUAAGUGGAUGGACUUCUGAUCUUAACGUAUGGAAUACAACGAAAGAUCCAGUGACAUUAUUUACUUCGGAAAUGACUUUGGAAUCUUCAAAAGAACAAACGUUUCAUCAUCAACAGAUUCUAGCAAAUCUUACAGAUCCAAAGCUAAAAUGCGUCGCUAUGCAACUUCAAAGUAUUCGUUCAAUGAGUGAGACACUCACUGCAUUGUCAAUUGCAGCACAGUACGAGCUUUUAUCGAGCAAUUUCGAUAUGAAAAGUUUCGGAAAAUCUCGAGAUUUAAUGCAAUCGUUGAUUCUACAACUACAAGAAGAAUGGAGGAAGUUUGAUAAUGAAGUGAAUGUUCAAAAAUGUAAUGAAAAGACACAAGAUAUCGUUCAGCAUAACGAAACACUUUAUAACACAGAAAUGAUUUCAGAAGCAGCUUCUUUGUCAACUUUACCUUCUCAAGAUCCAAAUUGUACAAUUGUCUUUACUGGAACGAGUACUGGAGAUGACAACUUUGAUUUAAAAUCAUUAUCGAAGCAGCAAAGAACAGAAAUGACAGCAAUUCCUACAUUUCAUUUCAUUCAUGAGCUUCAAAAUGUGCUAGCACACCGUGUUGCCCACGCUCAACCAGGUUUAAUGAAACAAGUAGAUCAGGACACUUCGUCUUCUUUAUCUCGACAAGAUUCGAGUCUAGUGAAUAUUUCAGUGCCGUUACCUCCUGUCAAAGGUGAAUUUGUAUUGCCUGCGUUACCAUUAAACAGAAGGAAACGUCCGACUUUCACUACCACGUCUUUCAAUGAUGAAUCAUUGGCGAAUGUCUCGCAAGUCUUACAACAUGAUAAUCAACAUUCGAGUGCUUUUACUAAUGCAUUUCAACUUGAGCUUCAAGCUUUGCUACAACGAAAUCAAGCAUCUAAUGAUACUUAA